ACGUUGCGACAUCUGCCGUAAAGGAGGUGCGUUGCUAGCCUGGUUGCUAUGCUGGUGGUAAAAGUGUUGCUCAUGUGUUCGAACCCUGCUCAAAUCUCUCAGUAAAGUUAUUCAUUGGAUUAUGUUUUUUGUUUUGAACUUUAUUACACCUUGGAACACUUUUUCCCGUCCGUUGUUUUCCUGCUUUCUUUAUCUGCGCCUAAUGACUAAGCUACGUGACGUCCUUUCUUGUGAUGUCUCACAUCUGGUCGGGACGGAUUUGAAGAGAGAAACAACUCUUUUUCUUUACUAUAGUGGUCUCGAUAACUGGUACUAUAGUGGUCUCGAUAACUGGUACCGGUUAUCAAAAAGGGGUUCGAGUCCGAGGACUCUGCUCUUUUCUUAUCGAACAACCGGGAAAACCGGUUUCGAAUAUCAUCCCUGUCUCUGACUACUGUGAAUGAUAAUGGCGUGGGUGUGUGAGCGUGCAUCUGGCCAAUGCCUUGUGACAGGUGUCACCAGGUGUCACCAGGUGUCACAUCAAGUCCACUCUGCCAGGUGCGAGGUGAACCCUCCUGGUUUUUCAGCCAUGGCCUUCCCCAAGUGCAGGAUUUGGAAUUUGCUGCUUCUCCUCCUGCUCGCCGUCGUGGUUUUUGUCGUGCAUCAGUCAGAAUUGUCCUUUGACAUCAGUCCACCUGUCUGGACCACUUUCUCAAGGAAAUUGGAUCUGGUCAUGACGGGCCGUUCGUCCGGGACGAAUCCCACCGGCUGGGCUCAGGAGGUUAACUCCAUGGUGUUCAGUAAAGCCAGGUACAACUCAACAGUGACGUUAAUGCGCCCCACAAAGGUGGAAAGUGAGCAAGGAACCAAUCCUGAGACCCCCAUGCCCAUCCUGCGGCCAAAAAACUUCUCAAAGACUCCAGUGUGGGAUUUUGACGACGUUUACAACCAGGAUGCUGCACCCAGACAGUCGACGUGCCAAGAAUCCGUCAGGGAUUCCCAGGAUGAGAGCUUCAGGAAAGGAUUUCUUCCCAACAUCCGCUUGUUUCUGUACAAAGACAACAUCAACAUGAGCGAGUGGAACAGACUCUCCCACUUUAACCAUCCCUAUGGCUUCAUGGGCUUUGCUUACGACGAAGUGAUGCCCUCAGUGAAGUUGAUCCCCAGGCCACAGGAACCACUCUUCGAACCAAAGCCCGGCGGCAAUGGCUGCAUUCGUUGUGCUGUGGUGGGAAACGCCGGCAUCCUCAACGGCUCCAAAAUGGGGAAAGAAAUCGAUGCACACGACUUCAUCUUUCGGAUGAACGGGGCCGUGAUCGAGGGUUACGAGACCGACGUGGGGAAGAAAACGAGCGUCUACGUCCACACGGCUCACACCAUCACCACGUCCAUGUCCAACGACAACAAGAACAUCCCCCACAAUCAGGGUAUCAAAUACGUGAUGAUACCAGCCAACUUGAGGGACUUUCAGUUCCUGGGAGGACUCCUCAAAGGAGAAAUUGUGCCAGUCGGCGAGUUCAAAAACACAAGGCCCAGGAUGUACUACAGGGGGCAGUACAACGAGAGCCGCUUUUACGUCCUGCACCAGGACUUCCUCCGAUACUUGCGGAACAGGUUCUUGUAUUCUCCCAGCUUGGCAAAGAAGCAUUGGGCAAGCUUCAGACCGACCACCGGUGCUAUAACCAUCUUCCUGGCUCUCCACACCUGUGACCAGGUGGACGCUUACGGUUUCAUGACAGAAGACCACGCCAAAUACUCCAACUACUAUUACGAGAGGGAGCAGAAAGACGUCCCUGUGGUCUCCUCUCACGACAUUUGGAUGGAAAUGAAACUCUGGAAGCAACUUCACGACGGCAAAGUCAUACGUUUAUAUCAAAGACUUGAACAAAAACCUCUUAUUUAACACGGCGCCAACAUACUUAAAGUACCAGUAAGGUGCGAAAACAAGUUGCCUCUAUAAUGAGGCUAUGAUCAUAUACAAACCCUGUUUCCAUAUGAGUUGGGAAAUGGUGUUAGAUGUAAAUAUAAACAGAAUACAAUGAUUUGCAAAUCCUUUUCAAGCCAUAUUCAGUUGAAUAUGCUACAAAGACAACAUAUUUCAUGUUCAAACUCAUAAACUUUAUUUUUUUGCAAAUAAUCAUUAACUUUAGAAUUUAAUGCCAGCAACACGUGACAAAGAAGUUGGGAAAGGUGGCAAUAAAGACUGAUAAAGUUGA